UCUCCCGGUUGUAAAGCUUACUGAGCUUCAGCGGAAAUACAACUACGUUCAUUUAUGAUGUUGAAAUAAAAUAAUUUGUGCAGACAAAUGUUUUACAGCUACUUAGAAACAGAUUUGUCUCGCUCAUGUUUAUGGAGAGGGUGAAACAGCUUAUUAGAGGUCCUUGUAAUGGAUGGAGCUCUUACACGAAAGCAAGAAGGCGAGCUCAUGAAACAAUACUGCUAAAUGGAAAAAAAAUACUGUUUCUCUCUCGCUCAUAUAUAAGAGAAAGAGACUAAAAGGUUGAUAUCUUGUACGAAAACAGUUACGCAAUUUAUUGCUUAUAUCUUAUUUAACAUCAAUGAACAACCGACUACUAGGAACUACCCUCGUUUUUCAAGAGGAGUUGUUUCCCUUCUAUUUCCUGUUUGUGAUAUCCGGAGCGUUACUCAAACUUGCGGUACACACAACAUCAUCGUUGGAUUUUUGUUUUCAAACAAAAGUAUCAUUAGCAGUGAGAGGAUCUAUAUCGGUGAUGUCAGAAUCCAGCAGUAGCAGUCCGAACAGUCCAUAUGAGCAGGGAGAACUGAAAUCUAGUCCAGAACAUCCCUGGAGGCAUAGCCGUGAAGAUCAUGAACAUGAAAGAUUAUCACUGUCACCACGAUCCCAGGAGGCAUUGGAUGACCUUAAUGAGGAUAAAGAGAAAAAGGAGGUGAUUGAAAUCAUGUCUGAUGAUGGCGAGGUAGAACGAGACAGUCUACACAUUAAACCACCACAAGCACAAGCUGGCAAUGUGCGAAGGGAAAAAUCCCACAAGCAUAAACAUAAGACAGAACGUCGCAGAGAGAAGCAACGGCCCCGUGACCGAGAAAGGUACAGACGUGGUGCAGACUAUCAUAGAGCAAUAGAUGCAAAAGACAGAGGAAUUCGAGGUUUUAAAGAUGCACGGGAAAUGUUGAGAGAGCGCCAGAAAGAAAAAGAAAAACGUGCCAAAGAUGUAGUUCGUGAAGAUGUAGAGAGCAAAGAAGACAGAGAACGGAAAGAGUCUUUAAAGGAGAGGGAGAGAUUAGAGGAACUGGAAAGGAAAAGGCAGCGUGAACGCAGGCUGAGAGAGGAAAGAGAGAAAGCAGACAAGCAGCGCCGUAAAGAAGAAGAAAGGCGCAUGCAGCAGCGAGGAGAAGUUACAGAUCUAGUGAGGCGUGAGAAGGCUGUUCGCAAUGACCGUGGAGCAGAUAGGCCAGAUUAUGAUCGAAAUCGUUCUAAGCUUGCACGUCGCCACCGGGGUGAUCGAGAUCGUAGUGACAUUCGUAGUCAAGAGAGGAGUAGAAGUCGUAAACAAGAGGAGGAAGAAAAAAGUCAGUCUUCCAAAGGUUUCAAUAGUGCUGGGGAAGAUCGACAAGGAUGGCGGCAGACUGAAGAAUUUCACUCAGAUGGAGAGAAACAAGCAUCUAAAGAGGAACCCAGAGAAGAAGAGGAAGAAGAAGAAGAACAGGAGGAAGAAGACGAAGAGGAUGAGAACAUGGAAGAGCCAUCAUCCCCCCAGCAUGCAGCACAUUCGGAAGAAGAGCCAGAACACAGAACACCAGAACAUGAGGACAACAACAGCAACUCUUCCGAUGAGGAGUCUGACUCUGAAAGCAGCAGAAGCUCAGGUAGCAGGUCAGAGCACAGUUCUGAAAAUGACAAAAGGAGAGUAGUUCAUGUCAGAUCCAAGUUUGACAAUGAAUCAGAAGAGGAAAGAGAAGAAGGGGAAAAGCAUUCUCAUCGCAGCCCUACGCGUUCCCCUGUCUCAGAUGACACAGAUCAUCGCAACUAUGUUGAAGACUCACCACCGCAGUCUCCAGUUGAACUUGCUGAAGAGUUACCCCCAUACUAUCCAGCCAUUCAGGGGUGUCGUAGCGUGGAGGAGUUUCACUGCCUCAACCGUAUAGAGGAGGGAACAUUUGGUGUUGUCUAUCGAGCCCGUGAUAAGAAGACAGGUGAGAUUGUGGCCUUGAAGCGGCUCAAGAUGGAGAAAGAGAAAGAGGGCUUCCCCAUCACAUCACUACGAGAGAUCAACACCUUACUGAAGGCUCAGCACACAAACAUUGUCACUGUCAGAGAGAUUGUAGUGGGUAGUAACAUGGACAAGAUCUACAUUGUCAUGGACUAUGUGGAACAUGAUCUUAAAAGUUUGAUGGAAACCCUCAAGUCUCCUUUCCUUGUAGGUGAGGUGAAAACUCUUAUGAAGCAACUCUUGCGAGCUGUUGCUCAUCUCCAUGACAACUGGAUACUGCACAGAGAUCUUAAGACCUCAAACCUGCUGCUCAGUCAUAAGGGUAUCCUGAAGGUAGGUGAUUUUGGCCUGGCUCGGGAAUAUGGCUCACCCCUGAAGCAUUAUACACCCAUUGUAGUAACAUUGUGGUACCGGGCUCCAGAACUUUUGCUGGGGACUAAAGAGUAUUCCUGUCCUAUUGACCUGUGGUCAGUUGGAUGCAUCUUUGCUGAGUUUCUCACCCUGAAAGCCUUGUGGCCAGGCAAGUCUGAAAUUGACCAGCUCAACAGAAUUUUUAAGGAUUUGGGUACCCCCAAUGAGAAGAUAUGGACAAGCUGCAUGGAACUGCCUGGCAUGAAAAAGUGCACCUUUACCAAUUACCCUUAUAACUCCUUACGCAACCGUUUCAGUUCGGUGGUUUUGUCAGACCUUGGCUUUGAUUUACUCAACAGGUUUUUGACCUAUGACCCAAAAAAGCGCAUUGAUGCCAAGACAGCCUUAGAACACAAGUAUUUUGCCGAGUCACCCUUACCAGUCGACCCUUCGAUGUUUCCAACAUGGCCAGCUCGCAGUGAACAGACUAGAGGAAAGCAUGUUAGCUCACCAAAGCCUCCAUCUGGUGGAAAAGCAUUUGCUAAACUUAUGGAUGAUGAUGAAACUCUUGCUGCUGGUUUCCAUAUGGACACUGCUGUUAAAGGUGCAUCAGCACAAGGGCAUGGAUUCCAGCUUAAGUUCUAGAGGUUUUCUGUGGCUGGCCAUAUGGAGUUGUUCCGCUGUAGCAUGUUAACUUGUUUAUGUGCAGACUGCAAGCUGCAACUUAAAUAAGUGCUUGUGACAUGAAACUGUGCAAAAAUCAGAGUAACUCUCGAAUUCUAAAGAAAGGGACACAGAUUUGUUGUUAAACAAAAUUGCAUCAAAGAGCCAGACUGAUUACUUCUCCCACAAAUGAGGUUAAAGGCUAUAUUUGAAUGUCAAGGGAGAUGUCAAGGCAGCAGUGUUUUAGAAUGAUCUUUGUGGGACUAAUGGCAUGCAUGUCAUUGAUGAGAGGUGAGGUUUUGGUGGGAGAGUAAUGAUAAGCUAAUCAUGAACUAUUUCGUUGUUCUUUCUUAGAUCAUGUGUGCAUGUGAUUAUGUUAUAUUGCAGACUGUGCAGAAACGUGAUCUCUAGAUAAGGGAAGAUAGGGCAUGAAGUGAUGAUGGUAACUGGUUCUGCUUAUCCUCAUGAUCAUUAUUUGCCUGUGUAGUGGAUAGUUUGUUCUUGCUGGCAGACCAGCUAAUCAAACCAUGUAAUGUAGACAUUCAUUCAGAUGCCAACUUUGACUAGAUAGGAGUGAAAUCUUGUUUGUGACUUGUGUUUUCUUUUCUGCUUGUAUAAUGAUAGAUAAACAAAUGCAGUAUUCACUGGUUUGUCCUGACCUGUGUUAAAACGAUGCAGAUCUUUGCAAGAGAAAAAAAAUCAACUUUAACUAUAUGAGAACGUUUGUUAUUUGUGCAACACAAACAUUUACACAAAAAUUUAGCCAUUACCAUCAGGUGCUUUUGCCAUUGCUGUACAUAACUAAGAAAUGUAAAUAGUUUCUGAAAUUAUAUUUAGUCUUUUUGAUCAUUGUUCACAAUAAAGCUUAUUGAAGAAUCAUA